AUGAAGGUAUACACAGAACAUGGUGAAACAAGACUACACAUCUAUUUCUUGAAUCCUGAGCUUGUUACCAAGGUUACCAUUGUACAGUUGGAUGAACCACAUGAGGAUGUGCAACACAUUGAUGAAGCUCCUGAUGACCAAUCAAAGGAAACACUUGUGAUGACUACACCUACUGAUAAAUUAGUUGAUGUGCUGCCCACUCAAGCAAACCAACCUGAAAUCCAAGUCAAUGAAAUAGUUCAAGUCGUAUCCUUGUCACCUGGAUAUAAUAGGAGAAAGGUUAUGAGCAAGGAUGGAGUGAUGGCACCUUGCAGUAAGAAAAUAUACUUUGAUGAUAUUGGUGAGACUGAGCAGAUAGCCAAAGACUUUGUUGAGGCAGCUACUGAUUUUGAUAUUGGACUCUACCAACAAAUACUACAAAGCAAUGUUGAUGGAGUCAAUGGCACUGACAUGCAUGAUGUCAACGAACCUCAGAUGGAUCAAGAAAACCAAACUCAGACGGAUGAAGAAAACCAAGCUCAGAUGGAUGAAGUAAACCAAGCUAUAAUGAAUGACUUUUGGGAUUUUGACUAUCAAACUGAUGCUUUUUUCCAAGAUGGAAGUGAAAACCAACCUCAGUCUAACAUGGAUAGUAAUGGAAAAGAAAGAAGUGAAACAAAGCAGGAAGAUGAUAGUGAUGAUAGUGAUCAUUGGGUGGAUGAAGAUAAUGUAAUUGAAGAUGUUGAAGUUGAUAUGAGGGAUUUUAACAUGAGCAUUGAUACAGAAGUAGAAUUCUUGGAUAAAAUGGCUAGGAAUCCUAGACAACACGAGAGUGAUGAAGAAGCAGAUGGUUUAGAUGUCAUUGACAAUGAUGCUUUUGAUUCCUUGGAUGAUGAUUCUGAUCAGGACAGGAAGAGAAGAGCAGUUUUGAAACAACUAAGUAACGAAAAAAGUUGUUUAUUCGGUGAGUUAACCAAUCCUGAUACCACAGUCAAAUUAGUACUUGGAGAUGUAUCAGAAUCUAACUUGGUAAAUUGCACUUCAAGAUGUUUCAAAAGAAUCUAUGUUUGUCUAGGGGGUGAAGAAGGUUUGCUACAAGCAGUUAGUCAACUGUUCCCAUGUGCUGAGCAUAGGUUAUAUCUCAGACAUAUACAUGAGAACAUGAAGAAACAAUGUAGAACUAAGGAAUACAGAGAUCACCUUUGGGAUUUUUCCACAGCUACAACAGUGCUAGAGUUUAACCAUUACAUGCACCAAUUCAGUUUAUAUGACAAAUCAGCAUAUGAAUGGUUGAAGUCAAUACCACAACAUUGGGAAAAAAGCCAUUUCACAGGGAGAGCAACCACGGACAUGCUGUUAAACAAGCUUUGUGAGGUGUUUAAUGGCAAGUUGGUUGACGGGAGAGACAAACCAAUUAUUAUUUGCUUGGAGUUUAUUAGGGAAUAUAUGAUGAAGAGGGUAUGCAAUGUCCUCAAGGUGCAACAAAAGUGUGUAGGCCCACUCACCCCAAUAGCAACAAAGAUCAUGGAGAAGAAUGAAGCAGCUGCUACUCAGUACAUUGCAGAAUGGUGUGAUGAUGAAAAAUACCAAGUCAAAGGCCCAUGGAAUGAUCAACAUGUUGUUGAUAUUCAUGAAAGGAUCAUGGUGAGUCUGUACACGAGCUCCAUACUUAUGUCCACAAGGUGCACUGGCUACAAACUUGGAAAACUGCAUAUGGGUACAAGGUGGAACCAAUUAAAGGUCAGGCACUGUGGCCUAGAAGUGAGUGUCCAAUGCAGAUCACACCUCCCCCACGUAAUCAACCUGGGAGACCCAAGAGGAAGAGAAGGCAAUCCAUAG